AGAUUUUUAUUUCCUGGCAAAGCAAACCUGGGAUCAGGCAAACUGAAUGGAAAUUCUCCUUAGUUAUCAUUUUCUGAUUACAUUUGAAUGCAUGAUCAGUAAUUGCCUGUCAGUCAGCUUCAUUCAAAUACUGCUGUAGUGCCUUAGCAGAAUAUCCCCAGGUGCCCUUAACUGCUCAGGAAAAUACCAUAGCUGCAGCAGAGGCCAAAUGUUAUUGAGACGCUUUCUGUACUCGGGUGCAGAAUACUAACUUCUAGUGCUGUAAGCUAACACUCGCUUUGAAGUGAAAAAGACAGCUUAGGAAAUUCAGAGUGGAAAGAAAAUGGCAGAGAAAUCUGUUUGGAAAGAAGAGAAGGUUGUCCUCAUUUACAAACACAUUCUUCCAUACUAAGCCCCUAUUCCCAUCACUUCUUUUUUUUUAUGUGUGUGGACUGUACCAAUAAGCAGGUUGAGUAUUUGCCUGGGGGGAGAGGAUGGUUUUCUUUCCUGUUGAGUAUUUCUUUGUGUCUUUUCCAGUAAGAGAUGCUGCAUAUACUGGCAUAUGAAGUAUAAUAGGGAGCAGUGGUGUCUUGGUGCAGAAAAGCCAUCACUUCUGUGCUCAGUUUUUACUGCACAGAACCUUUACUGGUAAGAAACAUUACCCCCAGCUUCCUCAUUUGUGUCAGAGUUUGAGAUUUACUUUCACCCAAUUAAUUCCCUGGAUAUGGAGCUCAGUUAUCAGCCUUAUUCAUAUUCAUUUUGAACUUAGAAGAGUUUUAAAUAAUUUGUAAGCCUUGAAAAGAGCACUUCUUCCUCCAUCACCCACAGCUGGUUUUCCUGAUGCUUGUGCUCUUUAGCAGCAAGAGCAAGACGGUGCCUUUAGAUAAUGAAGAAAUACUAAAUUUUGAAUUCUGACUUGUUUUCCCUGGAACAGCAUUAGGAAAUUUAAGAGGUUUGAGUGCCAGGUGGAGAUUAGAGGAAGAAAAUGCAAUUGAAAACAGGAAGGAGAGAGAGGCAGGCUCCAACCCACCUUCAUACCAUUUCUCCCCAAGUGGAGAAGGGCACUGUCAGCAUUUGACCUGCCACAUGGUACUUGUAGUUCUGCAGAACUGCCAAGCAAGUAUGUUGUUUUUUACAGCUGAUGAUUUUCUAAAGCCUUUAAAAGAAAACAUGCUGGAGAGUUUAAACAGGGGAAGAGGGUGCAGGGGAACUGGGGUAAGCGAUCAAGCAUUCCUAACGCGUGCCUCCUGCUGCUUUGUUGGACAGUUCUCCACAUGCCUGUAAUUCAGCUGCCUGGAAACAGACUCUGCUGAGCCACUGCAGGGCACCGACACAUUCUCUGCCAGAGAUGGGUGCAGAUAGAGGAAAGCAACUGCAGACUUGCCAGGUAAACAUCCACGUGCUGUAUUUGUUUGCCCUGCUCCAGGGCCAUCUGCUCUUGCAGCCAGUACUGUAUCUCUGCAGUUCAUCCGGACAGGGCAUCGAUGCAGUCUGUGAGGAUGGGAGUGAACCCUCACUGCUACUUCUGAUUGUAGAGCUGCAGUCUCUCCCAUCUCAGUUGCCCUUUCACACUUGUGAAAGUUCUGUCCAGAACUGGGACACUGACACCAAAUGGACUUUGGGGGAGCUGUGGAAUAGCAUGUGCACCGUGGAGCAAAGAGAUUAAAUGCCCGUUGGGGUGACUAAAUCUGCUAGCCUCUCCUGUUGCAAAGCAAGAGAUCAUUAUCUUCUAUUCAAGUCAGGCACAUGACAAGUAAAGUCUCACCAGAUCCACAGUUCAGCAGAGAAAGAAGAACAUUUGGUGUUCCUCUAGAAGUUCUCACAAAGAAUGCAACACAGUGUGGAGUCCCCUUUCUUGUCACACAGAUGGUGGAGUAUCUGGAAGUAUUUGGUCUGCAGCGUGUUGGUAUAUUUCGAAUCAGUGGCUCAGUGAAUAAAAUCAAGGAGCUGAAGCAGAAGUACAAUCAGGGAGAAAAAGUAGACCUCAUUAAUCAUGGAGAUGUUGAUUCUGUGGCCAGCCUUCUGAAACUGUUUCUAAAUGAGCUGCCAGUGGCUGUUCUUCCAGACAACAUCUGUACUGGCAUGCUAAAAACUUUCCAAGAGCACAGAAUUGACACAACAGAAUGCAUAAAGAAUCUGAGACAGUUAAUUAGCUGCCUUCCCAAAGCACAUCAAAACCUUCUCCAGUUCCUGUCUGCCUUCCUGUUAAAGGUAGCAACGUACAGCGCAGUGAAUUGCAUGACUCUGGAAAAUUUGGCCAUUGUGUUUGGACCUGCUCUUUUCAAGAUUCCUGUCAGUCCGUUGGCUUGUGAAGAACAAAGGCUUUACAAUGGCCUCCUGCUGUAUUUGCUUCAGCACUAUGAGAUGCUUUUUGUCGAUGUAAACCCUUGUUUCUCAGCAAGACAAGCAGAUGGCCUCCAGGAAAAAUCGGCAGACUUCUAUAAUGCUAAGUCAUGAUUCAUAUGCAGAGCAAGUUCUAUAUCUGCAAGGAGAAUGCUGGGACUGUUGUUCUUCAUGGAAAACCUCUCCAUAUUUAAAAACAAAAAAUACCCUGAAAAAUUCUGUCUAAUCAUAAGUACAGAGAACAGAAGACACCAAUGUAAGGAUGUUUAUGAAAUGAUUCCAAAUCUAAAACUCCAGUCAAUUCACGCAGACAGCAUCGAAGCACACACUUCUACUUUUCAUUGUACUCUCCUAUGUGAACUCUCCUUUGAGAAUCCCUGAAACACGUACUCAGAUGAGUGUGCAAGACCAUCCAACUGUAUCUGCUUCUGCUCACAGUAACUAUGUACUCUUACAGUAGCAAGAGGAAAUUGGAAAGGUAUUGGAAAAGCCAAGAGACUUGGCAUUCUAUUUCAGUGACUUUGUUUUAGAAGGAACUUCACUCCCUGUAUUUCUGCAAAAUGUCACAGUCUGUCUGGGCUUGUGGUGAUGUGGGAAAGAAUUUUUCUGGAAAAAUCCUUUCAAGUUCUUUAAUAAAAGGCCAGAUGAAGCAUAGCCGUGAGGCACACUCCUGCUCUGAGGUAAGCUUAUGAAAGAAAUCCCAUCUGUGGUGAGGAGGGAAUUCAGAAUUCUGUGGUUGAUCUUGUUUUUGUAAUUUCUGGCAGGAAAUCCAGCAUAUUGGAUAGGUACCCUCCAUCUUUCAUAAUAUAACAGUUGCUGAAAGUCCACUAAACGAGAAACAUCAAAGUUAGGUUUACAAAGUAAACAUAUUCAACGUGCAUGAACCAGUUCCAGCAAAGCAAGCAAAAAGUGAAAUGGCAAAUGUGGCUCAGAUCCCUUGUUGCUUCCUGGAAAUGAAACUUGCUUUUAUUGGCUGUUUCUCUUGAAGUAACUUGAAGGAAUUACGCUGGUGUUUGCAUUUUCAGCUAUUUGAUGUGAGGGAUCUUUUUAUUGUUGCUGGGGUGUGCUUUUUGUAGAAGAUUACACCAUAGAAGCUAAUUAAAUUAUAAAUCAAACCUU